AUGGUGCCUGAUUCUGGUGAGUUCGAUGGCUGCGGGAACCGCCCUUGUGUGUGGCGGGAGACAGGGUCUGCUUUUCGCACGGCUGCUAGGAGGCAGCGGCGUGUUAGAGCCGUGCAGGCUGCAGACAAUCUUGUGCGCAAGCUCAAGACGGAGUUAGAAGCCACCAAGAAGCGGGUGGAGGCACGCCGGGUGUCCGACGCAGAAGUGAUCGGCGAGGCAGUUUCCCUCUCGAUUCGUUCGUUGGUGGCUCCAGAUUCGUUGGUUAGUAUGCUCAGCGAUCGCCUCACUAAACUUGGCAAGUCGCUGUUGUUGCAUUGGGAGCUCGAUGCCCAGCAGGGGCAUCACAGCCACAAUAUGGGCGAGGCUCUGCGGAAUGUGGCUCACCUCUUUCAGUUGCCGCCUGGAAUGCAUAAGCAGUAUUUGCUUGUCAAGAAGGAUGGCGACAAGGCGAGGCACUCUUCGGUCACGUUGCCAGCUAAACAGGUUCACUUCGGUCAGCAGGCAUUGCCAGACAAACCAGUCGUGCCCGAGGUGGUCAAGCCCUUUUUUUCAAGUUGCGAACACAUCUUCGCCCAGACUGGACGCACAAGAACGGAGUGGUGUGGCAGCACGGGGCAAGUUGCGGGCAGAAGCUGCCGCUUUCGUCCCGGGUGCUGGGCGCUGGGAGUCGUUACCUGCGAAGCCACUUGUGGAGUUCGGGCAAGGCCUCGUAUGCACUUGCGGCGCAACGGUGUUCUCCUAUUAUAA